AUGGCCAGUACGGCAUUCACAAGGAAGAAGGCGGCCAUCGCGCCCAACGAAACAAAGGACGUGUCAAACUGGAACGCUUGGACCACCCCCACGACCUCUUUAAGCACGCCAGCCCUGUGUCAUACAACGUUCACCAAUCGAAGCAACCCGACCAACCAAAAGCGCCUCCAGUACAACGAAAAGAGCGCGGCCAAAGCACGCUGCGGGUAG